CCUUUUGCUUAUUGAAGGACUUUUUUUUUUCUCUUCAUCUCAGAAUUUGUACCUUUUCUGAAUCCUCAACAUGAAGUUUACCCUAAAAAAUCAUCAGAGAUGGACUUGGAUGCUGUUUUCUCACAGCAGCCCGGCGGCUGAGUAAGGAUCUGAGUCCCAGCGUUUGCUUCCCUGUUAGACGGACCGUUUCCACAUCUCGGCUGAGAGACGCGGUAUGGAGCGGGACAUCUCUCCUGUUACAGUCGGAAUGAACAAGUGAUCUCCCGCUCUGUUUCACAGGCUGAAUGCUUGGCCGUGGAGGAGAUGUAAUUCUGCAGACCUUCUCUUGUUCUGGCAGCUGAGCUGCAAAGAGUUCAUUCCAUACGUGUCCGGAGGUGUUGCGUUUCUGGGGGCAUUCCCCUUCCCUCUCCUCCAAACGCUCUAAUCCUCUGUGGGAUCUCUGUGCCACCCACCCCUCGACACACUGCAACCACUUUAAGGAUUUUUAUAAGAGUUGGGUGCUAAAAUAACAUCCAGAGUUUAAGAAACUUGAAUGUAGAUUUUGACCCUCUGCAGUAGAAUUUGAGCUUUCUCUUAUCUAGUUUAAUUAUAUAUUUAGCUGAUGCAUGAGCGUUGACGGUCACGGAUUAUUUUAAAGAUUUCUUUUAAUUGGCAGCUUUGCUCAUCCUCAAAUUCCCAAGCAGCUAGUGCCAACAUGGGGUUAACGCUAAAUGUCGUGACAUUUAUUUAAUGGACGGGCUCGACAUGCGAUACAAGCAUUCUUUGUGUGGGGAAGGAUAAUCCUCUGAGACUUUUAAUCUGGAAUAAAGAGUCAACUACAUUUAUCCUUCAAGACAUCUUUUUUCUGUUUGCGAUACCUUAUGAAUGAUGAUGGUCAAACACGUUAAAGACACUCUGCUAAUGACUUGAUUGCUGUUUUUAAGUGUUGGACAUGCAGAUAUUAUUGUACUGAGAGUAUUUAAUCACCUUUGGUGAAGAGUUCUGGUGCUUUUGUCCCUAACAGAACACGAACCCUUUGAAUUUGUCUCAUUUCAAAGUGUAAACCAUAAAUGUGCUUUUGGGCUCUGCUGUAGAAUUUGCCUUAUGAAGACAGAAACAUGCAUGAGGGACUCUCCGUGCACGUUUUUUUGUAGAUACUGAAAAUACUGGCAGUAGAUCGGGUGUUUUCUUACAGUUGUUGAAAUUUCUGUUUAUUUUUAUUUUUUUCUGUCAUUUGAUUGUUGUACUUUUUGAUUUUGUGUUUUUUCUUUGAUUUUUUUUGUUUCCAAUUUGAAAAAUCUGGUUUAUUCUGGAUACGAUCAAAUAUAUUCAGUCGCCCCAUAAAAGUUAAUAAUCUGCCUUGUCGUUCUGCAGAUUUGCAGAUUACAACAACCUGAAAUGAUGAAUGACCCACACUUGUAUAACCCCUUUUAGAGGACUGUACAGGGUUGAUUGUGUGCUGAGAUGGAGUCAUAGCGAUAGGAAGGUUUUGGUUACUAGGAGGUCUACCAUUGUGAAUGAAAAGGAAGGAGAGGAGGGCAGGGCAGAGCCAACUGAGGGCACUAGGAGCUGAAUUAUUGUGGCAGAUUAGGUGACCGUCGAACAGAGCUGCGUGGAGAUCCAGAUUUGGGUGAAGGUCAAGCUUGAUUGACUCUUAGAGCCCUUUUAUGCAGUGUGCAGUAAAACGUUCUCUUCUUUCAUAAGAACAUGUAAUUCAGUGUAUGCCAGUAUGAAACCACUUACGUUGUCUUGUGUUUUGCCUUUUGGUGGCUUCCACACAUUUAGAUAAUGUCAAAACAAACCCCGUUGAAAAACAUUGUUCAGAUUUCAAUAAAUGGGUCUUUUUCUCUUUUUUUUGGGUUAUUUUGGGGGUGGAACUAAUCUACACCAGUUUUUACUUAAACAUUGAGUUUUCAUUUGGUUCUUACGUUAGAAUCACAGGCGUAGGAGUUUACUCUGUGUAGACUAUUGUCUCAAAUUCUCAUCAAACCACUUCUGGCCUUAAAGCAGUCAGAUGGAAAAGCAGUAGUAGUAGUAGUACCUUCAUCAGAAACCUGCCAGUAGUGGAAGAUCUAAGAUGUCAAGGGCCGGUCAUUACUGUUAUAUGAUGUAAAUGCAGCCCGAUGUGCUGAUGUGGCUCUUUUGCUUAUUUGGCUACACAUGUCGACACAGAUUCACCUCUACCUUCAGGAAAGGAUAUGUCCAAUAUGACUUCAACCUCACACAUGAUUCCUUUUGCUCAUACGGAGGGAAAGGAGGCAUUGGCACCUUCUCACCUAUCGUGGAGUUCAGUCAUCCUGGUGUGAGCUGGUUAUGAGGGAAGUCAAGUCAGUUUGUGUAUUCCCACUCGUCCAUGGGAAUACUGAAGGUUUAGUUGGAACAACUGGAAACCCAGGUUUCAGAACUGAACACGUUUUUUGAAUGAGAGGCGAAAUGUCUUCAAGGACAACAAGAAAAGUCCAGUUGUUCCAACUAAACCUUAAAGAACUGAGGUCCGGUUAGCUAAAGUUAGACAAUCCCUCUUGCAAAAAGACACUGGUGGCAAAUUGAAUGUAGCUAUCACGCUAAAACAUUUUGCCUUGUAACUUGGCCUUGCUUUGAUUUCUAAAUUCCCGGAAGGAAAUGGUCGCUCCAAACUGCUAAACCACAAGGCCAAACCACCAUCUAAAAAUGGUCCAGUGGAGGAAUUUCCAAUACUAUACAUAUUACAUGGAAGUGUUCUUUUGACAUAUGCACAUGAAAGAGGAAAUCCCAACAAUUGGGACACUGCUCUUUUGACUUAAUCGUGAAAAAUGUAGAUUUUGAGCAAAGGGAGGAGAGGAAUGAGAUUCUUUCUUUAAAUGACAUUCCCUUUCACAAGUUGUUGAGCAGUAUGUGAAAAUUUACACAACAAGACCCGGGGAGGUACAGAAGCUGCCUCCGCAGAGUGUCACCUUGCUGCUUAAUGUGACCCCAGGUCGGCCCGCGAUCCUGGAGCUUUUCACACAUCUUGCUCCUUGGAUCUCCAGUUACCUUCACUGUCCUCUUGCAACAAAGACCCAACUGACUGCCUUCUCCUUCCCAGACCCUAUCAGCCAGAAUCCACCUGAGGUUUGGAUGUGCUAUCAAUCCAGCAUCUAUGGAAAUAAAGUGUCUUGUAUAACCUCGUAAACGAGGCCGUUGCUAAUUAAGAAAGGGGUACUGAAAGUGUCCAAAGUGGCUCAUGUUAAUGCUGUAACUCUACCCACCAUGGUGUGUGUGUGUGUGUGUGUGUGUGUGUGUGUGUGUGUGUGUGUGUGUGUGUGUGUGUGUGUGUGUGUGUGUGUGUGUGUGUGUGUGUGUGUGUGUGUGUGUGUGUGUGUGUGUGUGUGUGUGUGUGUGUGUGUGUGUGUGUGUGUGUGUGUGUGUGUGUGUGCGCGCGCAGAUAUCAGGCCCUAAUUCAGUGUUUUUCGUUUCUCGUGGGCCUAAUAUUUGAACUACUUGAGAUCUUUUCAUAUUUCAUCAUUCCAAAAAUGAUAAAAGCUUCUGUGUUUCCAACCAAAUUCUCCACCAAAGGCACAUUUUUCAUUCUUUGGCACCUUGCUGCCAAUAAUGACAGAUCCUGCAAAUAAAAGGAUCGCAUUCAUAACAUACGGGAGUCUCUUUGUACCAAAAUAAGUCCUCUUUGUUUUUUAAAGCAUUUCUUCAGUUUUUAUUUUUCCAUUUCCUUCUCAUCAUUUCCAGAACCGCGUCCUCCCAUCUCCCCUUCUUAAAUCUUUGCUCUGUUUCAUUCCCACUGAUCUUUGGAUUCCUGCUGCGUCCCUCCCAUCUCAGCUCACCCCCCACCCCUCACCCCCCACUCCCCAAACCCUCAUCUCAGAUUAAGUUGAACACUAUCCCUGCUAAAGUUUUCACCUAGCUGCUUCUUUUAGGCAAGGCUCAAUCCACUGCUGUUGAAUAUUUCCCCAUUCCUGCUCCCAAAAGAGCAAUCGUGAUCACGGCAACAGGUUCUGGAUUGUUGUGACUUCUGCUGGGGAGACUCGUGAAGCUGUAUCAGCUCCAUCAGGACAUCCAGCUGCUCUGCAUACCUCCCGUCGUUUUCACUGCCGCCAUCAUCUCUCCCGGUCCUCAGCUGGAUGGGACGGCGCUGGGUGGAAAUUAGAAGGUUAGUCUUGUGAAGAGCUGGAUGUCCAUUUUCUGUGGCAGGUGAGUACAAUUUUUAUAGUUUAAUUUAGAAUCUGCCAACAGAGACAUCUGAUGAUCCUCAUGGAAACCUGUGGACAUUCUUUUUAAGUUUUAUCCUAAACGUGUGUCAAAGUCCGCUGAUUCCCUGUAGAAAUGACUGAAAUCUUAGUCGGUGAUGUGGAUGAGAGGCUGGUGCGGGCUCUCGGCAGUGCCCACUACCUUUGGCACACCUGAGCUCCAUUUAACAUCAUUUUGAAUAAAAUUCACAGACAUUAGAGGGAUCUUAUACCUUCACUUCAAACAGCUACAGCUUAAAAAUGAUCAAAUUACAAUUUACUGGCCUUAAUUCUGACUCUGAUUUUAAAUUGUACCAAAAAUCUGGAUUCAAGUUGAUGAAAAAGCCACAAAGCAGCAGGAUUUUUGCAUUCCAGGCAAAUAUUUUGAUGUAUUAUCUCAAACGUGUUUUCUGAGCAGAUUUUUGUUUUUAAAUUAAAUCAUUUGCCGUGAAAUGUGUGUCUUUGAAGGAAAACUGAUUAUAAAUAAAGCUUUCUAGUGAAUUAGACUGAUGUUUAGUGUCUUUAUUGUGACAAAUGAUGAUAAAUGAUGAAUGACCCUCACUUGUAUAGCACCUCUCAGAGUAAGGACUCCAAAGCGCUUUACAUUAGUGUAUCAUUCAUCCAUUCACACACACAUUCACACACUGGUGGGGAUGAGCUACGAUGUAGCCACAGCUGCCCUGGGGCGCACUGACAGAGGCGAGGCUGCCGAGCACAGGCGCCACCGGUCCCUCUGACCACCACCAGCAGGCUAGGUGGGUUAAGUGUCUUGCCCAAGGACACAACAGCAGAGUUAGCCGGUAUCUAACCUGCAACCUUCCGAUUACUGGACAACCCGCUCAACCUGUUGAGCUACUGCUGCACCAACAAACAACAGAAAUUCUUUGGAAAUAAUUAGAGAUAUGCAGUUAAUCACAUUUGUUUUAUUUGUUAGCUGACAGAAAUGUGCAGAAAACUGAGUAAAGUUUAAAAUGACAACAAAAAAAAUCUGUCAGAUGAGCAGAAGCCCUUUAUCGCACGUUAUUGGUUGCUUUUUUCUCCUUUUUUUUAUUUUUUUUAACCAUUUCAUUUUUUGAGCUUAUAUUUUAGGAAUCAAAUCUAAACAUUAUUAUCAUGCUACAAACGUAUGUUUCACACCAAAAAGUCCAAAAUUCAAGAAGCAUCAAGGAUGUGUCGGCUUUCCAAUAAAAUCUAAUAAUGAUCGUUAUAAUUAGGAAAAAUUCUUUUGUUUUAAAAACAAACAAGAGAAACAUAAAAAUAUUGCUGAUUUACCUUUAUUAGCUACAAAUAAGACAGCCAUAUUCUGCAGCCUUGAGUCACAAUCUUGAUCUUACAGAAGUAACCGUAUACGUACAAAAGAAAUCGCAAUACUUAAAACUUGACUGGACAAAAGCGCUUCUCUUUGAGGACGUUUGUCUGUUAAUUUAAGACUGAUCAGGUGUCUCCAGCUGCUCAAGUUCUUCACAUCUGAGCCUUUUCAAGUUGGAGAUGGUGCCGUUGCCUGUUCCGGUGACAUUGAUGAGAUUGUCAUCGAAAGAACUUGAUUAAUUUUCAAAUUGACCUCAACUGCAUGCUAGAAACGUCAGUAACAUCCUGACAUUCUGACGAUUUUGUGUUAACUUGUGAAGAUGUGCAUAAACAUUAAAUUAUUAUAUGGUGACAACAAACACCCAUCUUGGCUGCUCGUUCAACUCUCUCAGUGGGAAACAUGCCAGGCUCGACACUGAACAGUCCCAACGGGCCACUGCAAGGUCUCCGGCAAUUGAAACCUUCUCACUUAAAGCCAUUAGUGCCCCAGUGUUUACACUCCUGUUCCUUUAGCCAACAAAGCAUGGAUAGGUCCCAAACAGAAGUAGUAAUGAGGUCCAGAGCAGCCUUACGGCUUCAGGCACAGAGACGUUGGAGGGGAGAGGGCCAGCCAUCAGCUGCGAGGAACCGAGGUGCAUAGAGACUCGUAGUCAACCGUUGUUGGCUCGCAUGGGACCAAAGGCAAAUAUGAUCCUGAUACAUUGUUCUGACAUGCAUAAUGGGGUCUUUUCAGUCAUCCUCAUGGGAGACCUGGGAGCCUGAUCUUAAAGAAGUAACGUGGUGCUGGUUGGAUGGUUCUCCCUCCUCUUUGCUUUGUUAAACACUCUUGUUUAUGAGGGGCGGUCCUAUGACUCACGUCUUCCUGCACUUCCAUUAGCUUUAAAGAAAAUGCAACACAGAUUAAGUAACAUGACUUCAACACAAUCCCUCUCCUCAUCUGUCUCUUUUUUUCUCUACUCUUUUUUUUUUUAGAAUGGUCAGACUCCGCUGUCCACUCAUUCUAAUCCAACUCUGCGUUCUCGCACAAACAGAAGCUCUCACUCAGGAUCUCCUGUAUCCAUAUGGACCGGGUCACAGGGAUCUAGAAACUCCUAAGAUGGAUGAUGGGAGUUCGGCGGAAAUUACGUUGCUCCUCCCCUUCGUUUUCUUCAAUGCACCCUACCGUUCCAUAUAUGUCAACAACAAUGGUGUGAUCUCCUUCAACGUUCAGGUUAGCCAGUUUACUCCAGAGGCUUUUCCUCUGAGCGACAGCAGAUCUUUCAUCGCUCCACUUUGGGCAGAUGUGCACAACGGCAUCCGUGGAGAUGUGUACUAUAGAGAGACCACAGACCCAGAACUACUGGAAAGGGCGACACAAGAUGUUCAGAAAUACUUCAAAAACAUGCCCACCUUUACGGCCUCGUGGGUCUUUAUUGCAACAUGGCACCAAGUGACCUUCUAUGGUGGAAGCCAGACGACCCCGGUGAACACAUUCCAGACUGUGCUCAUCUCAGAUGGAGUAGUGUCCUACAGCAUGUUCAACUAUGGAGAAAUCACAUGGAGCACAGGAACAGCCAGUGGUGGAGAUCCUUUAACUGGGCUGGGUGGGACAACAGCUCAGGCAGGUUUUAAUGGCGGAGACAUCGGUCAUUUCUUCAACUUACCUGGAUCGCGGUCAAACGAUGUUGUAAAUAUUGAGCAGACGACCAACGUAAACGUUCCAGGACGCUGGUUCUUCCGCGUAGACACUGAACUGAUAGACCCUGCCAACGGCUGCAGCCACAAUGGGCGUUACUACAGACGAGGGGAGAUCUUCUGGUUGUCUGACCAAUGUUCUCAGCGAUGUCGCUGCCUUGACAUAAAUAACGAGGUGCAGUGUCUGGAGGCUCCAUGUGGGCAGUUUGAGAACUGCGAGCAGCAGGAAGGGGCUUUUUUUUGCCAGCCUACCCGCACCAGUACUUGCGUGGUCUUUGGGGACCCCCACUAUCACACCUUUGAUGGAUUCCUUUAUCACUUCCAAGGCACCUGCUCCUACCUGCUAGCUCGGCCCUGCUGGGAGAUGUUAGGAUUGCCCUUCUUUAGUGUGGAGGCCAAAAACGAGAACCGUGGGGUGGCUUCUGUUUCCUGGCUAAGAGAUGUCACAGUGGAGGUGUAUGGUCACAGAGUCAUGAUACCUAAAGGCAGUCUGGGCACAGUUCAGGUGGAUGGAUUAGUGAAGACCUUGCCGGUCCAACUCCAACUUGGUGCAGUCAAGGUGUACCAGUCUGGGGUGGCUGUUGCUUUAGAAACAGACUUUGGACUCCUGGUAACCUACGAUGGCCAACACUAUGCAUCCAUCUCCUUACCAAGCUCCUACUUUAACAAUACUUGCGGCCUUUGUGGAAACUACAAUGACGACCCCGCUGAUGAUCCUGUUCUUCCUGAUGGCUCAUUGGCAGAAAGUGUGGUGGAGUUGGGAGGCAGCUGGCGAGCAGAAGACACAGACUGGAGGUGUACUGAUGGCUGCACUCAAAACUGCAGUGUUUGCGACCACAUUGCCGAGGCCACGUACUUUCGCUCUGACUACUGCGGGUUAAUCAACAAAACUGAUGGACCGUUUCGAGACUGCAGAGCUGUAGUGGACCCGACAGCUUUUGUGUACAGUUGUGUAUAUGAUAUGUGUAGCUACAGGGAUAAUAUGACCACACUAUGCCAUGCCAUCCAGGCCUACGCUUUAGCCUGUCAGGCCCUUGGUGUCACAAUACGACCCUGGAGAACUCGUACUUUCUGUCCCUUUUCAUGUCCGGAGUUUAGUCAAUACCAAGUGUGCACAAGUGCCUGUCCAGCUUCCUGCUCAGAUCUCACCUCUCCCUUGUACUGUGUACACCCUUGCACCGAAGGCUGCCAGUGUGACCCUGGCUAUGUUCUGAGUGGAAGUCGUUGUGUACAACAAGACGACUGUGGCUGUGAGCAUAACGGCCUCUAUUACCCCCUCAACGGCACUUUCUGGGCAGGCCCCCGUGGUGAGGAAGGUGACUGUACACUCCGCUGCACUUGUGGUAUAGCUGGACAAGUUUCCUGUUUCAAUGAGUCCUGUAAGGAGGGUGAAGUGUGUGUGGCCGAGCUGGGCUUACUAGGCUGUUACCCUCGGAGGGAGGGAGUGUGUUCAGUCACCCAGACGUCAAUCGCAUCCUCCUUCGAUGGCACAUUUCUGUUAUUCCCCGAUGACAGCUCUUACUAUCUACUAAAACUGUGUGGGCCAACACCGGCUAAUGGAUCAGUGGUGGAAGUGAAGAUUGGCAGGAGGCUAAUGAACAAAGGUCCCGUUUGGAAAAGACCUGUGAUAGUUACCGUGGCUAACCUUGAGGCGCAGGUGGGAGGGUCAGAUUUUGACACAGUAAAGGUGAAUGGUGAACCAGUCGUUCUCCCGUUUGUCCAUCCAAUGGAGACGAUGAUGAUCUACAAGGCACCAGGAAAUGCCACGGUUGUGGAAUCUCGAGGUCUCCUUCGUGUUCAGUACACGCGCCAGGGAUUCCUCAACAUCUCCCUUUCUACAAUCUUCUACAACGUUACUUGUGGCUUGUGUGGCGUCUUUAACAGCAACGUCACAGAUGACCUGCGCCUCCCCAAUGGACGCCUGGCAGAUAACACCGAACAGUUCACAGAAGCCUGGAAGUCGAUUGCAGAUGACCUCACUUGCAACGGCGACUGUGAUGACCUGUAUCGCAUGUGCACCGACCUUCGUCUUUACCAGAGCCCUUGGAUGUGCGGAAACAUCAACGACCCAGGGAACAGCUCUUUUCUGGCAUGUCAUUCAGUGGUCAAUCCUUCACCGUUCUUCAGGAACUGCUUGUACAACAUGUGUGUAAGAGAAGGGAACCGUUCUGCUCUUUGCUCCUCACUGCAUGCUUACGCCACAGCCUGUCAGGAUGCCCAAAUAGGCCUAGCUUCCUGGAGGAGUGCUACCAAUUGCCCUCUUCCUUGUCCAGAUAACAGUCAUUUUGAGGAAUGCACAAGUGCUUGCCCUUUGACCUGCACCAACCUAGAUGAGCCCGAGGAGCCAUGCCCUCUGCCGUGCCAAGAGGGAUGCCAGUGUGAAGACGGCUUCGCGCUUCGAGAUGGGCUCUGCGUGGCUCGAAGCGACUGCGGCUGCAUGAGUCACGGUCACCAACUGGCUACUAAUCAGACUUUCUGGACAGACUGGGAGUGCCAGGAGCGCUGCUAUUGCAACGGUUCUGACAACAGCGUAUACUGUCAGCUCUCGCCCUGCCAUCCUGAGGAAUACUGCCAGGAGAGUGACGGCCUGUAUUUCUGCCAGCCCCGGACCGAGGCCUUGUGUGUAGUUGCUGGCUACGGUCAUUUUCUGCCCUUUGGCGGCGUACCAUUUGAGCUCCAGAGCUCUUGUACUCUGAGGAUGGCCACCAGCGUCUGUAGAAGGGGGGGCAGAGAGAACACACUGACCAGUGGAACCUUUCCACAGUUUAAACUGGCAGCUCGUAAUGAGGAACGAGACACAGGCCAGGCCAUCUGGUUGAGGGGCUUUGUUCUGGAGGUCUACGAGUAUGAAAUCGAAGUGUCUCGAAGCUACAGAAACACAGUCACUGUCAACAAGGAACGUUUGUAUCUUCCUUUGAAGCUGGGUUUGGGAAAGGUCAACAUCUUCACCUCAGGCAUGAUGCUCAUCCUGGAGACAGACUUUGGCCUGAAGGCAGCUUUUGACUGGAAUACUCUCCUCCUUCUGACUUUACCCCGGGAUCUUUACAACACUUCCUGUGGUCUCUGCCAGGGCAUGCCCUCAUUCCCACCCACACUAACAACUACUGACUGGGGCAUGACUUGGGCAGAAAGGGACACUUUCUGCCAGGUGGGCUGUGGAGACUCUUGUCCACACUGCGGCCUCGGCGAGAACAGCGUGUCAAACACAGCCCCUCUCACAGUGUCCGAUGCCAACGAAAAUGGCGACGAGGAUAACGGAGUAGCCACGGGCAUUCGUUUCCACAUUGGAGAUGGCCUCUAUGUGUUUGUGGAGCCUGAAGCAGUGAGGCUGUGUGGGCUGAUUGUGGAUCGGGGAGGUGCUUUUGCACGCUGUCACAGCAAGGUGGCGCCAGCGUUCUUUUACCAAAGCUGCCUGCAGGACACCUGCUUGGAUCAAGGAGCUCAGGAUACAAUCUGUAACUGGCUUCAGGUCUAUGCCAGCACCUGUCAGGCUCAAGGAGUGCCUGUAACUGGCUGGAGGAGUGACACACCGUGUGUGCUGACCUGUCCUCCCAACAGCCAUUACUCCAGCUGUGUGUCGGUCUGCCCGCCCCAGUGUGCUCCCGCCCGUGGCCAGAGGGACUGCAACCAGGACUGUACGGAGGGCUGCCAGUGUGACCAGGGCUACGUGCUCAAUGGCAAAAGCUGCAUCCUGUCUCAGAACUGUGGCUGCUACACAGACGGAAAGUACUAUGAGCCCAAACAGCUGUUUUGGAACAGCGACUGCACCAAACGCUGCCAGUGCAUUGGACGAAACCUGGUCCAGUGUGACCCCAGACGCUGUAAGGCAGAGGAGGAGUGCACGCUUCGUCAUGGAGUCCGAGGCUGCUUUGCACGGCGCUCCCAGCACUGCGUAGCCUCGGGUGGGGGGGUCUUCAGGACAUUUGAUGGGGCGUCGCUGCGUCUUCCUGCGUCCUGCUCUUUUGUCCUGUCCACAAACUGCCACAAGCUGCCUGACCUCUCCUUCCAGCUCAUUGCUAACUUUGAUAAAUGGAGCACACCCAACCUCACCACCAUCUCUCAUGUCUACCUUUACAUUAACGAGGAGAAUAUACUCAUUUCUGGCAGCACUGUCAAGGUCAACGGAACGCCAGUGUCGGUGCCGUUCCUGACGGGGCUCAUGACGCGUCUGUCCACAUCUGAAGGCUUCAUCGUCAUUGACACGCCGCAGGACAUCCAGGUCCGGUACAACCGCUUCAACACUCUCAGCAUCACAAUGGGCCAGAGGCUUCAGAACAAGGUGUGUGGUCUAUGUGGGAAUUUCAAUGGGGACCCCAGUGAUGAUUACAUCACCUCCAGGGGGAAGCCGGCUGUCAGCGCUCUGGAGCUGGCCCAGAGUUGGAAGACCAACGGUAUGCAGAACAGUUGCGAUGAGACCCAGUAUGUGGCUUUAACCCAAUCCUGUGACAACUCAGCGGUCCUGGCUCUGCAGGGUGAAGACGCGUGUCAGAAGCUGACCCAGCUGAAGGGUUUCUUCCAGCCGUGCCACGGCCUGCUGGACCCCCGGCCCUUCUACCAAUCCUGCUACCUGGAUGGAUGCUACAACCACCGCAAGGCUCAGGUCUGCGGCUCGCUGGCAGCCUAUGCUGAGGCCUGCCGGUCCUUAGGGACCCUCACCACCAAGUGGAUCGCCCAGGAGAACUGCUCAGAAUGGAUCUAUGACCCCUGUGCCGGAGAGAUCUGCACAAACUUCACCUGUGAGCUGGAAAAUGGAGGCGAUCUGUGCGGCUGUCCCGAAUUACCGACCAACACAGCAGCUGGUGACGAUGACAUCAUCCAAGCAGAGGUGAACUGUAAACACGCUCAGAUGGAAGUGUCCAUCUCCAAGUGCAAACUCUUCCAGCUGGGUUUCGAGCGAGAAGACGUCAGGGUCAACGACGAGCGCUGCGCUGGCAUCGAAGGAGAGGAUUUCAUCUCCUUCCACAUCAACAACACAAAGGGACACUGUGGCUCCAUCGUGCAGUCUAACGGCACACACAUCAUGUAUAAGAACACCGUGUGGAUCGAGAGUGUGAACAACACAGGAAACGUCAUCACCAGGGAUAAAACCAUCAACGUGGAGUUUUCCUGUGCGUAUGAGCUGGAUUUAAAGAUCUCACUGGAAACCGUCCUCAAACCCAUGCUCAGUGUGAUUAACCUCACGCUGCCGACCCAGGAGGGAAACUUCAUCACCAAGAUGGCGCUGUACAAGAACUCCUCCUACCGCAACCCGUACCGGGAGGGGGAGGUGGUGCUCAGCACGCGGGACAUCCUGUUUGUGGGCGUGUUUGUGGAGGGGGCAGAUGAAAACCAGCUGAUCCUCAUAGUGAACAUGUGCUGGGCCACGCCCUCUCGCUACAGCAGCGACCGGCUCCGUUACAUCAUCAUAGAGAGGGGGUGUCCAAACACAAAGGACAACACCAUCGGUAUGGCGGAGAACGGCGUCUCGCUCACUUGUCGUUUCCAUGUCACCGUCUUCAAGUUCAUUGGGGAUUACGACGAAGUCCACUUGCACUGUGACGUGUCUCUGUGUGACUCAGACACAAACGCCUGCAAAGUGAACUGUCCCCACAAAAGGAGGAUGUACUCGGAGGAGGGUGACCAUAAGGAGCACAUACUGACCGUGGGACCCAUCAGAAGGAGAGAGUCUGACUGGUGCGAGGAUGACAAUGGGGGCUGUGAGCAGAUCUGCACCAGCAAGGGGACUGGGCCCAUCUGCAGCUGUGUGACUGGGAUGCUGCAGCCGGAUGGGCAAAGCUGCCGCACUGUGAGUUUAACCUGCAAGGUCACACCUGCGAUUCCUCUGCUGAGCAUCAGCGCUGCAGUCUCUGUGGUCCUGGCCCAUUUUGAUGCUUUUCUUUUAUCCUAACCCCUAAGAAGAAGACAACAAACAGAGAAAGACUUGAAGAUGCAGAAUGUAUCCGUGUUGACUAGCUGGUAGAUCAGCUGUGUUUCAGACGGAAAUUUUAAGUCACUGAAUUGUUGAAUGUAGAUGUAACAGCAUGUUUAACAUCUUUGUAGCAAAUAUUGUCAUGCUUCACCUCCACUCUCGUUUUGGCCAUCACUUGAUCAGGACACCUAGUAUGUAAUAUACACUUAAAGCCACUGUUUGUAGGAUCUUUUCCAUGUUUCACCACCUUUUCCCAAAGGACUCCUCUUUGUGGAGUAUUUGUACAUACACAUUGUUACCACCAGACAGCGCCAAAGAGACAAGAUCAUCCAUACAUGGGAAGUUUAAAGUGUAUAGAAUGUAAAGUGGAGGGGAAAAGGCCAUUUCAUAAUUACAGAAAAUAUACUUUUUAAUUAUACUCUAAGACCUGUGUAAAUCACACACAUGUGUGCUAAUGAACAGGUACAGCAAAGUAAUUACAUGGUGCAGGAACUGCUUUUUUAGGUCUGACACAAUUCCAGGUUAUAAGAGAUGUAAUCCAGCCCAAGUUUACUUGGGAGGAAUGAGAGUCUGCUUAAAUAUUUUCCCUCAAUUAGCAGAAAAAAAAGAGUCAAUGUAUGUUUAGUCACAACUGGUUAAAAUCCACCUUUGUAGAGUC